AUGGUAUUUGUGGUAUUAUUGGUGGUUGUUGGUAUUUAUGUCGGUAUUGAUGGCCUUGGUGGUGGUGUCACUGGUCUUGGUGUUCGUAUUGGUAUUGGUGCCAUUGGUGGUGGUGUUAGCUGUCUUGGUGGUCUUGAUGUGGGUAUUGUUGGCAUUGAUGGUCUUGAUGGUGAUGUUGGUAGUCUUGGUGCUUUUGGUGGUAGUAUUGGUGGCAUUGUUGGUGGUUUUGGUGGCAUUGUUGGUGGUCUUAGUGGCAUUGGUGGUGGUCUUGAUUUCGGUGCUUCUAUUGGAGGUGUUGGGGGUGGAGUUGUUGAUACUGAUGCCAGUCGUGAUGAUGAGCAUGUUGAUGCUCAAGAAAAAAAUCAGUUUGAAAUAAAUCGUCAUUAA